CUUGGAUUAAAGUAGCACGCUUCGCUGUUUCGCUAGAGGGCGUUAAUCAACAUGGCAGCGUUCACGGUGGUUCGUCGUGCACAAAAUCAUGCAAGGGUUGUUGGUCUAUUUUCGUACAGCAGACAGCAUGGCAUUCACAUCCAGGCGUGCUGCCACAGAAUAGUCAGACAAACAACUGUCCACAGAUUCACCAGAUCGACACUCGGUUCAAGAUGGCAGGCCAUGCAACACGUCCCAUCCAUAGGGGGCGCUCUAACCACAGCCAGACACAACAGUACAGACACUGGGCAAAGUGCGCAAGUCUCAGAAAACCUUAUAGAUGCAGCGACUCCAUUAAUAGACCCCUCCGCCAUCACCGAGGUAGCCAUGACCGCCGAGCAGAUCUUACAGCCGGUCAAGGAGAUCCCGUUCGCUGAGUUAGGUCUUGGUGGCUUCUCGCCCGUCGGCCUACUACAACACGCCCUGGAGUUCCUGCAUAUGUCUGCUGGUUUGCCGUGGUGGGCUGCCAUUGCAACAGGUACUGUUAUCGCCAGAGUCUGUGUAUUUCCACUGAUUGUGAGGAAUAUGCGGUAUGCAGCCAAUCUCAACAACGUCAUGCCAACGUUCCAGAAACUAACGGCAAAGAUGAAUGAGGCCAAACAGACGGGCAAUCAAGCAGAAGUUAUGAAACGGAGUUUGGAGGUGCAGCAGUUCAUGAAGAAGCACGACGUCAACCCUCUCAAAAGUCUCUUGGGGAUCGUAGUACAAGCUCCCAUCUUCAUCUCAUUCUUCGUCGGCCUUCGCAGGAUGGCUAGCUUACCCGUGGCAAGCAUGACCACUGGCGGUCUGUGGUGGUUCACCGACCUGACGACCUCUGACCCCUAUUACAUCAUGCCGGUUCUUGCAAGUCUCAGUAUGCUGGCUGUAUUGGAGCUUGGUGGUGAGGCUGGGGUAAGCAGUGCCCAGAUGCAGAAGAUGAAGACGAUCUUCCGCAUCAUGCCGUUUGCUCUUCUCCCAUUGAUUGCAUCCAUGCCAAAGGCUGUCUUUGUCUACUGGUUGACCUCCAACAUCUUCUCCAUCAGCCAAGUGGCCAUCCUGAAGAUCCCGGCAGUCAGAACCAGACUAAACAUCCCCGAGAAGAUUAAACACAAUCCGCAAGAUAUGCCCAAGUCCGAAGGGUUCAUCCAGAGUAUGAAGUCAGGUUGGAAGAACGCACAGACGAACCACGAAGUGGAACAGAAGGGCAAGGCUCACUUGCAGAGUCUGAAAGAGGCCGGCACCGGACCCGUACCCCAGACUUUCACCUAUGACCCGACCCGGCAACAUAUCGGCAGCCCAGCCCAGUCAAUCUCUACGAGCAGCAAGACGGCGAAAGAUGUCAGAAGAAAGAGAGUCCACUGAUAACUUCAAUAUGGGAACUUUUUUGUUGACAUUGGAAUAAAUGUAUGUCAGUGUUGUAGUUGGGGUAAUUACGACGGAUCGCAAAUUAAUCACAAGUCAAUAACACGUCCUCCAAUCACAAGUCACUUCAAGGUAGAGUAGAUCAUU